CAACAAAACCCGCGUCCGUCCAUGAGCAACGGCAGUGGCGGGACGUAUAAUGCGGACAGAGCGUAUAUGAAUGUAUAUAAACGGAAAUCACCAACAAUGAGUUCGCAAUUUAAGAUGGAACUAUGUCCUUGGGAUCAAAGUACUUAUGCUGGCCGGUGGCAAUAUUAUUUUUGGGCUACAAACCCUAUGUUAUGUUUAAAAACUGAUGAAGAAUUAGAAGAAGCAAAAUCUUUACGAACAUCGUAUUUUAAUGGUACACUUCCACCUGGAUCAACUACUGAACAACUGUUAGCAGCUAAACAGAUAUAUGAAAGUUCAUUUCAUCCAGAUACUGGACAAAAGCAAAAUGUAUUCGGCCGAAUGUGCUUCCAAGUCCCUGGGGGUAUGGCUAUUACUGGAGCAAUGUUAUCUUUUUACAAAACUGUACCAGCAGUAGUAUUUUGGCAAUGGAUUAAUCAGUCCUUCAACGCUUUAGUAAAUUAUACUAAUCGUAAUGCUAACUCUCCACUUAGUCAGACUCAAAUGGCUGCAGCUUAUGGCUCAGCUACAAUAGCGGCUUGUGUAACAUCCAUCAAGUUUAAGCAGUACUUAUCUAAACAUGCUUCACUCUUUUUUCAAAGAUAUGUUCCAUUUGCCGCAGUAGCAGCAGCAAAUUGUGUGAACAUUCCGUUAAUGCGUCAGAAUGAAUUACUGAAUGGUGUAGAUGUUUUUGAUGCUGAUAAAAAUAGAGUUGGAUGUUCCAAGUUAGCUGCUGCUAAGGGAAUAUCUCAAGUAGUAUUAUCAAGAAUUGUUAUGUGUGCACCUGGAAUGGUAUUAUUGCCUGUUAUAAUGGAAAAACUUGAAAAUAAAAGUGCUUGGUUUAAGCGAAGUACAUGGAUUCAUGCACCAUUUCAAACACUUGCUGUUGGUUGUUUUCUAAUUGGUAUGGUUCCAACUGCUUGUGCACUAUUCCCUCAGUUCAGCCCCAUUAAAUUAAGUACAUUAGAGAAAUUUGAGAAUUCUGCAUACUGCGAAAUUGUCAGCAACUGCAAAAACCCACCAGCUGUAGUGUAUUGCAAUAAAGGGCUGUAAAAUUAUAAUCUCAUUUAAUACUAAUAUUUUUAAAAUUUACUUAAAUACUUAUUAAAAAAUUAUUUUAGGUUAAUUGGGAUGUUUUUGACUCUUCAGUAGUCUUAAUUGAGUUUUUUUUAAGAAUCUGACAAAUUUGUGUAUGACUUUAUUUUUUAAUAGGAUAUUAAUUUUAAA